GCCAGUCCCUUACUUUACAACGUGGCGCAUUCGACGAAACUGCUGGUACACUACAGCCUAACUUUACUCAGUGUACACCUGCGAACCAACAUUUUUUAAGGAAAUGUAGUAAAGAGGAAAUGAUGGAACCCAAAUCUGAAAACGAGAGUAAACGGGUUGAUAUUUAUCGCGACACAUGGGUUCGGUACCUAGGCUAUGCCAACGAGGUUGGGGAGGCGUUUCGCGCCCUGGUGCCCGUGGGCAUGGUGUGGGCCAGCUAUGCCGUCGCCAUGGCAUAUGUGUCGGCUGACGCAAUGGACAAAGGGAAGAAGGCAGCUGUGGUCCAUGGUGACAACCCGGGGAAGAGUGUGCGGGUAGCGGUGGCGGUCGUGGACACAUUUGUGUGGCAGGCCUUGGCAUCCGUGGCCAUUCCUGGCUUCACCAUCAACCGUGUGUGCGCGGCGUCUCUAUACCUGCUGGGCAGAACGACGCGAUGGCCACUGCCUGCGCGCAAGUGGAGCACCACCGCCAUCGGCCUCUCCACUAUACCAUUCAUCAUCACACCUAUCGACAGGUCUGUAGACUUCCUCCUGGACUCUAGCCUGCGUAAGGUGUAUGGUGGAGUGGAAAAGCAUGACUGAACACGGUGCCAAUGUGAAGCCUCGCUCUUAUCCAGAUGAAAUCCCAGCAGCAGCACUUCCCUACUUCACUGAACUACCCCUCACAUACCCCCACUGCCAACAACUGGUCACCAGAAAUCCACACCUCUAGUCAUUUUCAUGUACUGUAAGCCACAUUAGUUUGAGUGUGGUAUGUAAUAUUGCUGAAAACAGCCAGGAACAUUCUUAUUUUACAAUGAGUACCUAUUCUCAGGUAUUAUACACAGAUGUUAUGCUUUGCACUGAGACUCUUUCUGUUCCCUUUUUAACAUUUUCAAUCAGUUGUGUUGCAAAGCUUGUUUACCAUGUGAUUUUUUUGGGGGGGGGUUUUGUUGUUGUUUUUUUGUUUUUGUUUUUUUAAAUUUUGCAGCAGAUGAAUAUCUAGUGUAACUUGUGGAAGGUGCCCAUUAGUUUUAUCAUGCUGUUGUAGCUUGAUGGAAUCGCAGGUUGGAUUUGGAGGUAAACUAUAACUAGUGAAAACUUUAUUGCAAAAAAAAAGGAAAUAUAUUAAUUUCAUAUUCCUCAUGUCCUUGCCCCACAGUUGGUGCAUUGCGCACUCACCAGCUCCUUUGUAGAAAGACCGGCAUUAAAGUAUUUCUAAUACAUGUAUAUGUUAAUGUCUUGGAUCCGUGUGCUGCAGAGCAGUUUGUGUAAGCCACUCUUCAGCAUUCUUUAGCAUCAAUGGUCAGCUUCUGACCACAUGACCACUCUUGGUGGAAUAUUUAUAUAUGGUGGGAUGCUCUCAACUCAGCUGUGAUACGGACAUGCAGAAACGUGUCAGUACCAGUGUUGUGCCUGAUACGGUUGUAAAUAUUCAGUUAGCUGUGGUUAAGUGGUCAGAAACUGACUAGUGAUGAACAGGGUAAAGGAUGGCAUGCCAAAAGUUGAGCUACAGUUUAGUGAUUGAACACUUAUAAAUUAAUUUGUAAGAUAAUGUACCAAAUAAAGAGGCAAGUGAAACUAAUGUACAAAGUAGAUGGUGAGUGUAUUAAUUUGUACCUCAGUAACAUUUAUAUUAAAUAGAUUAGAUAGAGCAAAUUAUUUUUAAAAAAAAACAAAGGAAAACGUGAGCUCUAGAACUAGAGUGUAGGGUGAUGCACUUUAGAAUACGUUAUGCAACCGAUACCAAAGCUAUCAGCUGCAAGAGUAAUUGUUAAAUGUGUGAAGGAAAUUUUAGGUGUUAAGACAUGGAAAGCAAUAAGAUGUGAAGAGAUUUUCCAGUGAUACAUUCAGCAGGGGUUCAUUUCUAGAAAGAACACUGAAAAGAUAUGUGUUUUAAGCCAUAUCUCUUUGAGAAUCGCACAGCAUUGCCUGUGGUUACUGUGACGUGUUCAUUUAUCUGUGUCAUUAAUAACCAUCUUAUUCUAAACAGGCAUGUACCUGUAAAUGUAAUCUGAAAACCUAUGAGAAAGCUUUGUUUCCUUUGUGUACAUAAGCGAUGGUUUUUAAAAAGAUGUAGAUUUUAUUAUUAUGCUUGGGGCAUUAAAUACUCCAUUUGUAUAUCAUUAUAAUAUAAAACCAAACAUUGUCAGCUAGAAGGUUUUUUUUAGCGUGCCUUAGUGCAUGCAGAUUAGUUAGUACUCGGAAAGCAUUUUAGUUUUAAAGCCAAUACUAGUAUACAUUUUAAAAUGAAAAUAUGUCAUUUGUAAACAAUGUUAAAGGACAGCCAAACUACUGUAAUAAAAUCCACAAGAUCAAAAGUAAA